AAUGCCCCUUAUCUGUCAGUGUACAGUGAGAAUGCAGUUGAUGUGUUUGAUGUCAACACCAUGGAGUGGAUUCAGACCAUCCCGCUAAAGAAGGUGCGACCGUUGAACGUCGACGGCUCCCUAAACCUGUUGGGGCUGGAAACAGUGCGGCUCAUCUAUUUUAGAAACAAAACAGCAGAGGGCGACGAGCUGGUCGUCCCGGAGACGUCAGACAACAGCAGGAAGCAGAUGGUACGCAGCAUGACCAAUAAGAGACGCUUCUCCUUCAGGGUGCCAGAAGAAGAACGACUUCAGCAGAGGAGAGUGAUGCUGCGGGAUCCAGAGAUGAGGAACAAGCUGAUCUCCAACCCUACAAACUUUAACCAUGUUGCCCACAUGGGACCUGGGGAUGGAAUCCAGAUACUCAAAGACUUGCCAAUGAACGUCCACAUCCAAGAGAGCCGUGCAGGCUUCAGCGGUUCCGUCAGCAUCCCUUCCAUCACCAAGAACAGAGCCGAGCCGGGCCGCUCCAUGAGCGCCAGCAGUGGACUUGGCAUACGCUCGGCCUCCCAGAAUGGCAGCGCCCUGCGUCGGGAGCUGUCGGGCGGAAGCUACAGCUCCAAGCGCCAAGCCAUGACGUCGCCCUCCGAGAGCUCCUUGUCCUCAGGUGGCGGCAUUGACUGUGUGGAAGCUCCCCUCUCCCAGUUUGACAGAGAGUGGCAGGCAGUUUCGCCGUCGGAGAAGACCCCCGAUCUGAAAAGAGCUUUAAGGACCUUGCUUAGUAAGAUGAAGGAUUCUGACUCCCCUCGCCACUCGACAGCCUCCAACAGCUCAACCUUCAGCAGCCCCCCGAGUCCGGCCUCGCCUCACAAGACCAAGUCGUUGUCCUUGGAGAGCACUGACCGCACGGGCUGGGACACAUGAGCCGGCCCGCCUGACCAACCCACCGCGCCCUCACUAGCCCGGCAGCCCAGCGACAGCACACGACCCCCCCAGGCCCACACAACUGUACCUCUCUCGACCCCCCCUUCCUCUUCCUGUUUGGGUGGAGAAGUGGUAUAUGAAUCAAACAUCUCCCUCCUCUUCAGCAUCAACCGACACGCCCCCUCUCUGCCUCAUUCAGAUGCAAAGACAGGAAAAAAAAAAAAGAUUUGUAUUUGUACAUAGGAGCCUUUUGGGGUUUUAGGGGACAAUAUUUUAAUUUAUUUAUCAAUCUUAGAUUAGAAGCAUUCGUUUCUCAUGGCGGCCGGAAAAACACCUAGCCCCAGCCCGGCCCCCCCCCUCCCUCAUUCCCAACCAAGCUGCAGACUUUGCUAACACUAAACUUCCCACUAAGUGAGUGACUUUACGAUCCGUUUCCCUUCCAAAAUAAAACGUCAUCACUCAUCUUCGGUCCGUUGGACCAAUCAUCAAAAGGGGUCCACUUUGCCCCCCCUCGACCAACCACCACAAUAAUGUACAUAGGUUCAAAGUAGAGAGUAAUAUAUGAUAAGGAAAUACUAUAGAGAACUACACUUUUAUUUUCCUUUUAUUCUGGAAUGAUUUGGAGUUUUAUUCACACAAAGUCAAUUUUAAAACUUUUAUUUGAAUUCAAUUUGUUUUAUUUUAUGACACUUUGUUCCCCCCUCCCUAACAUAUUGAUUUGCAUUUGAGUGAAAAUCUGGGUGAACCCGCAUACGCACUGACGAGACGUUAAUGGAGCAAAAUGUUUGCGUGCAUGUGUGAAACCAAAAAAAAAAAAAAGAGGUGGGGAAAAAGAGAGGCAACAUGCUUGUAUUGAACAAUGUUUGUUUGGAUCAUCUACUCAUUUAUGAGAAAAAGAAUGUCAACACUGAGGGAGAUCAUUGUUUAUAAACUUGCCUCCCACUCACAACCCCAAUCCGCUUAUCAUAGUGCUGACUGUUUUAUUUUAUUUUAUUUCUUGUACUGGUGGAUGCAAAGUGUCCUCAAAUGUGACACUACCAUGUGAAUAUUCACAACACUACAGUGUGCUUCUAAUAUGCUAUUGUCACUUCUUAAGUGUGGUUGUCAGGGAAACAAACUGUACUUCACUUGAUCAUUUCUCGUCAUUCAGCUUUUUUUUUUGAAACACUAUUCCACACGUGUGUGUUUUCCUUUUCGUUGCGUUACUAACAAAAGUCGAUUUUGAUUCUGAUUGAAAGCACCUCCCAAGCGCCUGGCAUGUGGAAUGUAUUACCCCAGAGUGAGGAGGACCUCUUAUUGGCCGUUGUUGUACAAAUUAAAGAAAACAAUCCCGAAGAAAAGAGACUAACUCAGGAAAAGGUUGGAAGCAAUAUGGUGAUUGGAGAAGUGGAUUAAAAAAUGGUUAUAGGGCUGCUGUGGAGAGAAAAAGUUCAAUAAAUCAAUUGCCUUUGCAUUUCAGUGAGGUCUUAUCUACGAUACCUUCUGUAUUUUGCUCUUUCAUAUCAUAAUACACUUUGGUUGUUUUCUAGGAUUGCUUUGUAAUAAUUUGUACAGUUUUGCAUGGAAUAGAUGUAAUCAUUUGUUUUUGGUUUGUUUUCCUUUGGAUUUGCUUUCCCCUCCUCUUAUUUUUUAAACAGUUUGGGUGUUUUACUGAGGAUAACCCACUACAGGUGAUGUAGAUUCUUUUUGCACAAAAAAUAUUUAAGGUGUAAGGUCAAAACAAAAUAUAUGGAACUGGCUGCCACACUUCAGUGGACAACUCAUAUUAACCUGACUCCGAUGUAUUUCAAUAAAGCGGAGGGCUGUUACAAAUGGA